AUUCACCGCUCCUAAUCACCAAUUAUUCGUCCCGAGAAUACCGGUCCCGCACGCCGCCACCAGUGCUUCUAGAUCCUCAGGAACGUCACAGGAUUGCAGGAAGUCUCGGAAAGGUUCGAGCUUACUGUGUUGCGUGUCAAGAAUACUAUACGGCAUUAAAAAUGCUUGAACGAUCCGAUAAUGUUAUACAGUACGGUACCUCCAUACCCAUGAUUUCGCCCAAAUAGUGAGAGAGACCACUGUUCGUAUGAUAUGCCAAGGGGCGGGCUACAGGAACCCCUGGCACCGUACCCUGUCCUAUGGCACAGUUCAGUACUCUGGUGUUACGCGCUACGAACAGAACACGGGGGAAAUUCUCGCCAAAAAGGGGUAACCAAUUUUUCCGUCCAAAACAAUGUUGCCCACGAAAUGCUAACGAAAAUCUAUAGAUCGAGUAAUAAGGAGAAAGUGUCCAACAAAAUUCUAGUCACUGGUACGAGUCCAAACCCAAGUACAAUACAAUAAGGGUACAACGAGUAACUUACUUAUUUGUACCACUAGAUCUCGAUCAGCCAUCCGGGACACGGAGUGCGGAUCGCUGUUGCUGGCAGCCGCCCAGCGAUCCGGCCAUCCUGUCCACUCCCAGGCCCAUGAUCCACCAACCUCUCCUUCAGUUGUCGUGUCAGCUCACGUUCCAAAACCCUCCUCCAAACCUCACUAUCGCCCGACAGCCAACUCAUUCGCCCAAUGUCUUCCGGUCGCCGCCGUCUCCCACAUCCAACCGGUAGUGGCAAUGACUUCCUCCUUCCACUUGCACUCACACUGACAACCGCAGCGAUCGCAACUGUCGGUCUCUACUUCUGGCCCGGCAGCGACUCCCCAUGGGCCUCUCCCCAUGAGUCCGAGGAUGAGGCCGAAGCUGGAGGAAGAUCCCGGAAGCCCAGACGGCACCAAUACUUCGACAGGAUCACGGAGGAGGAUACCGAUGACUUGAUCGAAGAUGCCAGACGCGAUGAAAAAAUACGAAAAGAAAAAUCCACCCGCAGACACAAUACCGGCAGCACCAAACAUGACACCAGCAGUAGCAGCACAAUGAUGGCAGGCGCGUUAGUUGUGGAUAAGGUAGAGCACGCGGUUGGAAAAGCAGCAGGCCUAUUCCCGGGAGCCUCGGAAAGAAGGAAAGCUGAAGCACUGAGAGAGAUAAAGAAAGAGGCCGAGGAGGUAUCGAGAAAGCAACAAUAUGUCCCAAUGCCGGCAAGGAAGAAGAGUGUGGCGAUUGUCGUGUCGGAGAGAAAAGUGCUUUUCGGGCAGGACUCAGACCUGGAUUUUGAGGAAGCAGGGCUACCAUCAGUGAGUUACCUUAUCCUUCCUAUCCCAUGUUGCCUACUAAUAUCGUUCAGUCACUUUUAUCACAUCUACCACAUCCAUUGGACCUCACCCAUACAAUUGUCAACAUUCUAGUCUACUCACCACAACUCAAAACCCAUCCGCUCUCCAAAUCUAGCGCAUUUCGCUCUCAAACAGCGGCAGCCACGGCAGAGGCAGAGGCGGGCAGCUCCGACAAACUACUUCAUAAACCUUCAGCAUCCCACUUCUCACCCAGCGCGUCCACUUUCACUCUUGCUGCAUCCAUGCUUCCGCCUGAGUGCCCGCUUGAACAUAUCCUUCCAUUUACACAAGAAUCAUCCGUCGUUCCUCUUUUACGCACUCUGGCCCCUGAGACCGUUUACAUCGAAGAACCUCUCACACUGCCUUCAUCCGGCGGGAUAGUCUCCACUUUGCUUGAAGGUGGGUGGGUUGGAAACGUAGUUGUUGGACUUAUCGGAGAUGAUGACCAGCUUGCCCAGCUGAUGGACAGCGACGACGAGAAGGCCCAAGAGGAGGAGAAAACCAGGAAGGGCGAAGGGAAAUGGUGGGGCACAGAGGUACAGGGAAGCAUAAGAGGAAGGUUCGGAAAUAGGGUGCAGAUUGUUGAGGGGUGGGUCCUAAUCGAGGAUUGGAGAAGGAGGGUGGAGGAGAGAUUGUAGACCACAGAGGCCGAGGUAGGUUCUUGUUUUAAAGAAGCGGAAGGGAAAGGUGGCGUGCGCCUACGAGGAGCUGUACAAAUCAUGAGGAAAGAUAAUCUUACGAAUAUACCGCCAAACGAGAUGACCAGCGAGAGAAGUAGAGCACUGAAUCAUGUAAGAUAUGAUAUAAUAAUUCGUUACCGUGCCAAAACCAGGGAGUCCUUGAGCCCUAGUCACGUGUAGGUAGGCAAGAAGGAACCCACAGAACCC